AUGAAAAAUGCUACAAACAUUCAGCAUUAUCUACUCCGAGACAGCUCUUUUUGGGACGUAAAAGAGGAUCAGAAGGGUUCUUGGAUUUGGAGGAAACUCCUAAAGCUUAGAGACAUUGCUUACCCUUUCUUGAAGAAUGGUAAUGCUGCAUUCUUCUGGUUCGAUAACUGGCUUGAUCAGGGGAAGCUCAUCGAUAUUACAGGCGACGCAGGUACAAUACACCUUGGUGUUCCACGCAAUGCUCGGGUUGGAGAUAUUGUUAGUAACGGUUGCUGGAGCAUCAGGGGACGACGUGGGAGACUGUUCCCUUCCCUCAUCCGUCAGAUAAACGAAGCACCGGUUCCGUGCUCUGAGAAUGGAAAGGACCUAACGCUUUGGAGACAUUCUGAUGAUCAGUUCAAGGACUCUUUUUCCACUUCAGAAACUUGGCAGCAGAUUAGAUAUAAGCGUGAGAUAGUACCUUGGAGCAAGGUCGUGUGGUUCACGCAUGGGAUUCCUCGUUAUAGUUUCAUGACUUGGUUGGCCGUAAAGAAUAUGCUAUCUACUGGAGAAAGAAUGCGUAACUGGGGAGUCAAUCAACAUUGUACUCUGUGCGGGAAACCGGAUGAGACUAGGGAUCAUCUAUUUUUCGCCUGUCCCUACAGCUACACGGUUUGGGACAACAUGGCAGAGCGCUUACUUGGUCGAAGGAUGAAUCCUGACUGGUCUGUUACUCUGCUGUUUAUUCAGCGCACUCGUGCUCCAUCUCUAGACUCGGUGUUGGUCAGACUGGUAUUUCAACUGACUAUUUACAGUCUCUGGAGGGAACGAAAUGGGCGACGACACCAGCAGCCAUGGUCUACAACAGCGCAGAUGACGCGUCUUAUUGAUAGAACAAUACGAAAUCGAAUUUCCUCCCUCAAGUAUCGCCGGGGUCACAAGCUAGAAGGUCUUUUACGCAGAUGGUUCGAAGUGUCACCUUGA